AUUUUGCAGUCAAGGAAGGACGUCAGAGCACAGUGGGCAAGGGCCUUUGCAGGACCCGCAGGAGACCUCUAGGGGGCGAGAACAAAGGCGGCGUGCAGUGGCAUUUAGCCGUGUGCGUCAGGCGGGGCCUCGACAGCGUUCAAGGGCGGGGUCUGGAUUCUCCGUCCAGCCCCUUCUCCUCCGGUCUCAGGCCAGGGUUCGAGGCGGCCAUGGCCCGGCCGCGGGUGCUGUUGGUUGUCACUGCGGAUGACUUUGGUUACUGCCUGAGGCGCGACGAGGGCAUCGUGGAGGCCUUUCUGGCAGGCACCGUGACCAGCGUAUCCCUGCUGGUCAACGGCACGGCCGCAGAGAGAGCAGCGGAGCUGGCCCGCAAGUACAGCAUUCCCACGGGUCUCCACGCCAACCUGUCUGAGGGCCGCCCGGUGGGCCCGGCCCGCCACAGCGCGUCGUCGCUGCUCAACCGCGAAGGCUUCUUUCUCGGCAAGAUGGGAUUCCGGGAGGCGGUAGCGGCUGGAGAUGUGGCUUUGUCCCAGGUGCGGGAGGAGCUAGAGGCCCAACUCAGCCGCUUCCAGGAGUUGCUGGGCAGGCCCCCCACGCACGUGGAUGGGCACCAGCACGUGCACGUGCUCCCAGGCGUGUGUCAGGUGUUCGCCGAGGCGCUGCAGGCCUACCGGGUGCGCUUCACGCGGCUGCCGCUUGAACGCGGUGUGGGAGGCUGUGCCUGGCUGGAAGCCCCCGCGCGCGCCUUCGCUUGCACUGUAGAGCGCGAUGCCCAGGCCGCCGUGGGCCCCUUCUCCCGCCAUGGCCUGCGGUGGACCGACGUCUUUGUGGGCCUGAGCACUUGUGGCCGGCACAUGUCUGCUUCUCGGGUCUUGGGGUCCUUGGCGCGGGCCCUGGAAGAUAUCCCAGCAGGCCACGCCCUGACUGCCGAGCUGAUGGCACACCCUGGGUAUCCCAGUGUGCCUCCAACUGGGGGCUGCGGUGAGGGCCCCGACGCUUUCUCCUGUUCUUGGGAGCGACUGCAUGAGCUGCAGGUCCUCACAGCACCCACUCUGCGGGCUCGGCUUGCCCAGAAUGGUGUGCAGCUCUGCGCCAUUGACGACCUAGAUUCCAAGAGGCCAGCGGAUAUAGUCCCUUGUGAGGCAACUCUAGAAUCCUGCCUGGAGUCGUCUCCAUCCUGACAUAGUCGGCCAGCGAGGCACUAAUGCCUCUCACUGUCGGAAAAGGUCAGGCCUGAGCUCUGGCCCAGGGUCUGACUUCUUAAGGUGAGAUACCACGAACCCUGUUCCGGGGUCCUUGUAGCUUGGGCAGCCCCUCCUGGCUGCAAGCAGGCCCAGACUGUGACAUCUGGACCUUAGACCUGCAGAAUAUUUAGUGCCAACCCAAUGUUGCAGUGUAAACACUUGUUUAGGAGCAGUGAGAGGUUGGUGUGUUAAUAAAAUAAUGUCUUUCAGAUUUGGGUGGUUUUAUAAAUGGUGCUCAGGACACAUUCACAGAAAUAAUAGGCUCCUCCGUGGCUCAGACCAAGAAAAUAGGCAGACACAUCAUACUCUAAUUUUGUUCAUGCUUAGAUGUUUUUUUGCUUUGCUUUAAAGUCUUGUUUAGCUUUUUAAAAUUUUUAUUACAUGCAUUUGUGCUUGGGUAUAUAUAGAGGAAGCACACAUAUGCCAUGGUGC